GGGAGGGCCCCCGGUGCUGGGACGCUCAGGGUCACGUCGACCCUCCCACCCCAACAGAGGGGAUGGGAGGUGGGUCCUGCGCUGGUUCCGCCGUCGCACCCCGACCCGGGCGUUGGAAGCUCUGAGGGCCGGCCCAGUUCUGUUCUCUGGGCCUCAGUUUCCCCAUCUUUAAAAUGAAUAGAGGUUGGGGAACGGUUUGAAAAAGUAGGGGAGUCCCUGGGGCGGGCGGGAAGGCCUAGGCUCACGGGGUGGGGCGGGGCUGCCACGUGACCCGAUUGCUAUGGCACCCACGGGAACAAUCGGGUCCGCGGCCCCGCCCCUUCUCAUCGACCUCCCCAGCCCUGGGAAGGGCCUCCCCGCCCUUCCGGGGCCCCAGACACCCUUGGAGGCACUCCAGCUUCAGAGCGCUCUAUCGAGAAGUGCCUGCACCCUGUGCCUUUCAUCCACACUAAUUUGGCUGCAGUGACUCUCGUUCAAGGGACGAUCACUUUGGAUAGCUUAUUACAGCUCUUCUCACGACAUUCCUGAUCCCCCUUCUCCUGUGAAUGACCGCUGAGGAAGACAAUGAAUGAGGUGAAGGAGUCUCUUCGAAACAUCGAGCAGAAGUACAAGCUCUUCCAACAGCAACAGUUCACCUUCAUUGCCGCUCUGGAGCACUGCAGGGAGAACGCCCACGACAAGAUCCGGCCCAUUGCCAGCAUCGGACAGGUGCAGAGCUACACGGAGCAUUACUGCAACAACGCCACAGACCGGCGCGUUCUGCGCCUGUUCCUGGACAUCUGCGCGGAGCUGAGCAGGCUGUGUCGGCACUUCGAAGCCCUGCACUCCGGCAGCCCGGCCACCAGCAACCUGCUUGAGAAAUGCAAAUCCCUGGUUAGCCAAAGCAACGACCUGAGCAGCCUCAGGGCAAAGUACCCUCACGACGUGGUGAACCACCUCAGCUGUGACGAGGCCAGGAACCACUACGGAGGCGUCGUCAGCCUCAUCCCCAUCGUCCUGGACUUAAUGAAAGAAUGGGUCGCCCACUCGGAGAAGCUGCCCCGCAAAGCCCUGCAGCAUGUGAGUGAGCCCCAGGCACGCCAGGAAGCCACCGGGGCGGCCGCUCGCCCUGCCUGGACCACAGGCACCCAGCCUCGGUUAAGGAAGCACAAACGUAGGCGACUUACAAAAGACAGCCCCAAACCUAGGGGGAAUGACAUAGGAUGUCUCAAACCUCCCUGGAGACCGCCUGGCGGGAAACUGUAACUCAGAGCCGACAAGCUGCUGCGUCCCGUAGGGUGCUUGGUCACUUAACUUGGUCUCCACCGGCUGAUCCAUUCUUUGGCGCCCACAGUCCCCGCCACGGAUGAACCCCAGAGGGCCUGCCCAAUAUACUGUUGAGAACCUCUCUCCCUCUGUCACUUUCACUUCUAAGCUCUCCUCGCCUCUGAGUGUCCGGCUCUGUGCCAAUGAAGAGGACCCCCACUUUCGGUGUUGGUGGGAGCGGGUGUCCCGGGGAGGCUGCUGAGAGCUGGGGUCACCAGCCUGCCCAGGUGCUCUGGGAGCUCCCAGCCCACACCCUGCCGGGCCCGACCACACUGCAGGUCCGGCUUUCUGGGCCGUGCCGCCGAGCCGGAGGCCUGCCAGCUCCUUUCCCACCACAGCGGCAACUGUAGGCAAGGCUCGGCUCCUGCAAGAUCUGGCUGCUUGGCCUGCCAGGAUGCUGAGGGCCGGCACGGUGGACUUCCUCAGUGUGAUUAGGUCUCUGGACCAAAACCCAAAGAGGAACGAACCUGCCUUUGCUCUCCUUUACUUGGGAGAGGGGAGGCCAUGAGAGAAGCCGGAAGAAUUUUGAUUUUAUGGCUCCCGUGCAAGGACAGUUUCCUGAUUUUCACAACACAGUCAAGGCCCCGACAUUAUAGAAUGUGUCUCCGGCUUUUGCGCUUGCUGGAAGUUCUGACUGACUGUUGGCUUUUCCCUUCACAGGGGGCGACUUAGCUUCUGUGUUCUUGCUUCCUCGGGGGCGACCGUCAAGAAUAAAAAGUGUUCUCCCACCUC